UACUAUGACUGAUCCUAAAACUGGUGAUCCAAAAUGUCCCAGUCUGGUUAAUCCUGGUGGCAUAAUUCCCAAAGAAUAUUAUAUGCAAGAAAUUCAAAUUGCAGAUGAUAAAAACUUAGCAGUAGAAGUGGUGAAGAAAAAAUUUGAUCUGACUUUUGAAGUAUCCAAAAAAAAUAGUGUAAUAAGAUAUGUAUUCAAAACUGAUGAAGGUGAUAUAGGAUUAGCUGUUUUUCUACAGACUGGUGUUAAAGAUUUGAAACCUGUCAAAGAGCUCGAAAAGCAUAACAGUCAUCUAGUGUAUGAAGAUGGCAGUUUUGAUUGUUCAGAGUCUGGAACAUACAUUCUAAGAUUUGACAACUCUCAUUCCUGGACCAAGAAUAAAACUCUACAUUACUUUGCGGAAGUGAUUGAGCCAGCUGAACUUGAAGAUCUGAGCACGGAAUUGUAAGAGACCUGUGUAUUGCCAAGCUUUACAAAUGAAUGUUCUAGUGUAACAGUAGCAGAACUAUAAUAAUUGUGCAUACACAAUUUUACAUAAAAUGAAAUUGAAAAAUGAAAUUAUUGGCUUAUGUUUGGUGCAUUCGUGCUUCCGUACAGAUGCACUUCUAAUAGAGUAUUAUUAUUGUAAUCUGUUAAUGAACCAGUGUACAUUCUGUUUCUACAAUUAGGAUUGGCUACUCUGUACAUUAACAUAAAUGCAUACUUAAUAUAAAACAUUGAUCUACAUGGAAUUCGUACAAAACAAACGUUCUGUACAUAAUGAUCAGGGGCGGAUGCAGAAUU